AAAAAAUGUCUGAUGUAAAUUCGAUGACAAAUUCUUCUGCAAGCGAAAUUUUAGAGCGAAUAGAUGCAGAAAUCGCUUUAAUAAAACAAGGAAAAAAUAUAAACGACGGUUUGAUUGUUCUUAGAAAUAUAACAAAAGAAAUUUUUGAUAAUCAUGAUAAGCUACUUGAGAUAAAAGAAAAUGAGAUAAUCGUUUAUAAAUCAAUCGCUUAUCAAAAUUAUCAAGAAGCACAAUUUUUUAAAUUUUGUCUUUAUAAAGAUUUAAUGGAAACAAUUAUAUGGUGGUAUAAUAUUCUUUUAGAUAAAGUUAUUGAUUAUGUAUUAAAUAUUGAAAUA